CUGUCUCUCCGGGAGAAGGAAGGAUGCGGAUGGAAGGACGGGGGAGGGAAGGGAUGAAGGGAAACGCCACCAGGAGCGAGCGCAGGAUAUGAGAACACGGCAGCCACAAGGUCGAAUAUGAGAGAUUGGUCGAACGGGGCACUUUGCGUGGCGAUAGCUGGUCGGCAAUAGUACUAUGAUUUGGUAUGUGGCCACUCUGAUAGCAAGUGUAUUCAGCACCAGAGGAACGGCCGCUCAAGGUGCCCACGGAGUGAGAGAGGAACCCCGGUUUGUGACGGCACGCGCCGGCGAGAGCGUGAUCCUGGGGUGUGACGUGUCCCCUCCCCUGGAUGGCCAGCAGCCUCCCUAUGUGGUGGAGUGGUUCAAGUUCGGAGUGCCUAUACCCUUCUUCAUCAACUUCCGCUUCUACCCUCCUCAUGUGGACCCGGAGUAUACUGGAAGAGCCUCUCUGCACGGGAAGGCGUCCCUGCAGAUUGAUCCGGUUCGCUCAGAGGACCAGGGCUGGUACGAGUGCAGGAUCCUGAUGUUGGAGCAGCAGUACGACACGUUCCACAACGGCAGUUGGGUCCACCUGACGGUCAACGCUCCGCCCUCUUUCAUAUCGACACCGCCGCAGUAUGUGGAGGCAAAGGAAGGGGGCAGCACUCUCCUCAGCUGCUCGGCCCAGGGAAAUCCCAAACCAAUGAUCGGCUGGCUGAGGGAGGGGGAGGAGCUGGCAACCAACGCCAAAUAUUCGGUUCACGAUGGCAGUCUCACAAUCCUUGGCAUCACCAGAGAUGACCGAGGGGCGUACACAUGUAGAGCCUACAGCGACCAGGGGGAGGUGCUGCACACGACCCGUCUGCUGGUCCAAGGGCCUCCGUACAUCGUCUCACCACCGGAGAAUGUCACUGUAAACAUUUCCCAGAAUGCACUCUUCACCUGCCAAGCGGAGGCGUAUCCUGGCAACUUGACCUACACCUGGUUUUUGGAGGAGGAGAAUGUCUACUUCAAGAACGAUCUGAAACUCCGCGUGCGCAUCCUCAUCGACGGCACCCUCAUCAUCUUUCGGGUCAAGCCAGAGGACGCCGGGAAGUACACCUGCAGUCCGAGCAACAGUCUGGGUAUCUCGCCCUCAGCAUCAGCGUACCUGACUGUUCAGUACCCCGCCCGAGUGAUCAACAUGCCCCCGAUCAUUUACGUCCCUCGCAAACUGCCAGGCAUCAUCCGCUGCCCUGUGGACGCCAACCCACCUGUGACAUCGGUGAAGUGGGAGAAAGAUGGCUACCCCCUCAGAGUGGAGAAGUACCCUGGCUGGAGCCUGAUGCCAGACGGAAGCAUCCGAGUUGCAGAGGCCACAGAGGACUCCCUGGGCACCUACACCUGCGUGCCUUACAACGCCCUUGGUACCAUGGGCAUGUCCCCCCCUGCCAAUCUGGUGCUAAAGGAUCCCCCUUACUUUAAUGUGAGGCCUGGGGGGGAGUACCGUCAGGAGGCAGGGAGAGAACUAGUAAUCCCUUGUGCUGCUUCUGGAGACCCUGAUAUACCAACCAUCACCUGGAGAAAGGUGGGGAAGCCAAGCAGGAGCAAACACAACAUCCUGCCUAGUGGCAGCCUACAGUUUCUGUCGCUCAGCAAGGAGGACCACGGGGAGUGGGAGUGUGUCGCCACCAACGUGGUCACAAGCAUCACUGCCAGCACGCGCAUCCUCGUCAUCGGCACCAGCCCACACGCUCCUGGCAAUAUCCAUGUACUGGCCUCAACAACCUCCGCUAAUGUGUCCUGGGAACCGGGUUACGACGGCGGAUUCGAACAGACCUUCUCUGUGUGGUACGGUCCAGUGUCAAAGAGAACAGACUUCGGUCCACAUGACUGGCACUCGAUGCCAGUCUCUGGUGCUCUGACUUGGUUAGUGGUGCCAGGGCUGGAGCCGGGCACGGAGUACCAGUUCAGCGUGCUGGCUCAGAACAAACUGGGCACCGGCCCAUUUAGUGAAGUUGUGACAGUCACCAUGGCAGGCUCUCCUCUGGGUACCCCAGAACCACUGGUGCUUCUUACUCCACCACGGUGCCUCACAGCUAAUCGCACGCAGCACGGUGUCCUCCUCACUUGGCUCCCUCCCGCCAACCACUCGUCGCCCAUCAACCGUUACAUCAUGGAGUUCCGCCUGGGCGAACGGUGGGAAGUUCUGGAUGACCUGAUCCCAUCAACCGAGACGGAGCUCAUCGCCAGAGACCUUGUGCAGGAGUCCUGGUAUGAGUUUCGAGUCAUGGCAGUCAUGGAAGACCUGAUCAGUGAGAGCAGUAACGUGGUCGGAGUGUCCAGUACAGACCCCUUCCCUGUGGUGGCUGAGGAGGGGCUAGCGCGGCCAGUGGUGGCGGGCGUCGUGGCGACCAUAUGCUUUCUGGCAGCAGCAGUUCUGUUCAGCACUCUCGCAGCUUGCUUCGUCAAUAAGCAACAUCGUCGCAAACUCAAGCGCAAACCAGAUCCACCUUUGUCAGUGACACACUUCAGGAAAAGCAUAGAAUCACCGCUAUCUUCAGGGAAGAUAAGUCCAGAGAGCUCCCCUCCAUCAAGGCCCCGUUCUCUUUCUUCAGAGGGAUCUCAUGGUCCAGGACUGUACGUCAGAAAGCUGCCGAGCCCUCAGCGAGACAAGGACAAAGAGCUCUCCUUCUACAAGAAAACCAAGCGUGCCAUAGCCAGCAAAAAGUACAGCGUGUCCAAGCAUGAGGCCGAGGUCACCACACCUAUUGAGCUCAUAUGCCGAGGCCCUGAUGGCCGUUUCGUUAUGGAGACCAGCCCACCACACCGCAGAAUCCAGGGCUUUCCCUUUGCCGAGGAGUCUGACAUGUACCCUGAGUUCCGGCAGUCAGAUGAAGAGAAUGAUUUUGAUCCUGGGCCUCUGCCGCCAAUCAUGCCCACUCUCCGGCCCCAGCUGUCCCCAACGUCCUCAAGCCUGGAGUCAACACAGCCCCCCACCUACAGCCCCCGUCUACACAGACCCAUGGAAGGUAUGAGCUUUGCAGAGGGCAGUGUACUUCACGCCUCAGGGCAGGCCCCGUCUGCCCGCUAUAGGGGCUUUCCGCAGGGCCCGUUCUAUGGGUAUUUAGGUAGUCGCACAGAAUCAGGGAUUCCGCCACCAUUCUACAUGCCUGACGUCAGCCCCCAUAGCUCAGCCCUGUCCUCCCCACCAGGCACUGCCGAGGGUCCCUUUGGCUACCCCUCCAUCCCUGAAGAGAGUGGAGAGCUGGAUCAUCACCAGUACACAGCCUCUGGGCAUUCUCUGUCUCACACACACAGUCCGCCGCGAUCCCCGGAGAGCUGGCAGCCCCACGAGUUACCUUUUUUAAGCUUAGAGGGUCCUCGGUUCAUAUACCCCCCACACCAUCCCUUACACACCCGUGAUUUGUCUGAAGCAGCCGCGUACACUUCGCAUUCCCUCCCCCCAAGUCGCCUGCACCUCCCUCCCCUGCAGGAUCCAACAAGCCCUAGACUCCUACAGCUGGAGGUCCCUGUGGCUCCACCAGGUAGAGACAGGCCCCUGGGGCCUCCGGUUAGGCGUUUAGCUAUGCAACAGGCCCAGAGUCUUGGCCAGCUCAGACACACGGCCCACGGUGUGGGUGUACCAGUGUUGCCUUACCCUGACCCGGCAGCCCGUGCAGGGAGCCCAAGCACAGCCCCCAGUAGUAGCCCGCAGUCUUGGCUCAGCCCAAGAGCCGGGCGUCGGGCAGACCCCAGCCUACCCCCUUUAGUACUUCAGCCCUCUCGCCUCUCCCCUCUCUCCCAAAGCCCCCUAAGCACCCAGCCAGGUUCCCCUGAUAUUUUAGUACGGCCUCCUCCACGGCCUGGCAUCUUGCGUACAUCGCGGUCAUUGGAAAUGCCAGAGCUCACCCUGCAGCCCUCGGCCACCGUCAGCUUCUCCAGGAGGUCGUCGCUGACCGCCUCACCCACUCAAAGCCAGAGCACCAAGCAACCCAGUCCCAGUUACCAUGCCCACAUGUCCUAUGCCUCCACGGCAGCCAGUUACCCCUCACAGUCCCCAUCUCCCCCUGCAGAGGGUCGGGAUGUUUUUGGGCAAAGGCCAUCCCAGAGAAGGACAGAGGAGGAGAUGCUUCCCUCAGAGCCCUCACAGCUCCAGAUGUCAGCUUCAGGGGAACCUCUAGGUGCGUCUGGUGAUCCUGCCGGGUCUGAGAGUUUACCGGCGCUGCUGCAACACUGUAUCGCGAAAGCCAAGGGAGCGGCUGCCAACAACAAUAACAACAGCGCCUUCGGAAGGAGGACCGGCGUGUGUCCACCUCAGACCCAGCAGCAACCUCAGACGCCCCGGGAGGGAGAAGCCUUCCACCGAAAGAGGAAAAAACAAAACAAGAAGAACCCUUAUCUCUAUCUGACUGCGCUCCUGCAGCGUAGACACUCUGAGGAAGACCAGACAGUCAUACUGACCGGCGCAGAGGCGGAAGGUCCAAACUACGGGACUCUACGCUGACCCGCUCGGAGCUCGCUCGGCCACUGGACUCCACUGACCUCUGCGCUUCAUCCUUAGCUCAAUAAGUUUGUCAUGUUGGGGCGACACCUACAACACCAACCUUGGCGCCCGCAAAAUGCUCUUCUUGAGACGAACAAUGUUUCCGAGGAAUCUGACUUGAAAACGCUCUGAACAUAUAAAGUGUAUAUAACUAGUAAAACAAGGGAAUUCAGCUUCUUCCUACAGUAAUAACAGCGUGUUGUUUGAGUACACCUUGACGAUUUUUCACUCACUGGUCAUGGGCAAAGGGGCACGGGGUCCAUGUCUUUAGGUUUUUACAGCGUACUGUUAAGCCCGGUGCGUCCUCGAGCGGGGACACCACUCUACCUUUCCUACAACACAACUAGCGUCCGUAUAUCAACACAGGGUUCUUACCACCAAAUAUACCUCAAAGUUAACGCAGAGUUGCUGUAGUUCUUGUGGUAUACUUGACCUUUUUAGACAUGGAGCAAAAGGUUUGUAUCAUUUCAAACAAUAUAUAUAUGGCCUGACUGGUUUUAUCUCUCAGUAACAGCUCCGUUUAAUUUGAUGUGCCGACCAGUAGAGGACCGUCUUAACUCUCGCGCUUGACGGCUCAUUGACGCACCGUUUUAUAGCCUUCGAGAGAAUAUUUCGGGAAGCGAAUAUCGAUAGCGGAUGGACUCGCGUAGGGUUAGAACAGGGUGAUGACGAAUUGUAAGUGUACAAUGUGAUGUAUUUCAUUAUUAAGGAAUCAUUUGUGAAGUGUGGCACGUCUGGAGGUGCCUUUUUGCCUUUUCUCUCUGGUUUCUAACAUAACUGCCUUUUUCUUCGCCUUCUCAUAUCCGUCGUUUUGGGGAGUGGAAGUGCGCCCCCCAUAUUUUGCUUUCGCUUUCUCUGCCAAGAACGCUUAAGAGAGAAAGUUUUUUGUUUUUUUUUACAUUUAUAUUUACCUGCUUGAGCUUUGUAAAUAUGAUAUAAACAGAACUCCCUAAAAACACUGCUGGGUGGAGAUUUAGAAAAGGCAAGAAAACACGUGACGGAAGUGUAAAAGUGCAGCAGCUGCCCAGGCGACGUCGAACAACACAUGCAAAACAAACAAUAGCCACCGUGACUGUUUCACAUUUGUAUAUUAAUUGCUAGCUCUGUGUUCUUCUGUUGUUUAUCCACACUAACCGAUAUUGAAUGUAUGUUUUUGCUCAACAGGAGAUGAAUGUUCCAAUGUCGCAGUGCAUUGAAUGACUGUUGGCACAUUAAGUCUGAGCUGGUUGACUUCCUGUACUUAUUUUACAAAGGAACAGCCUCACACGCAUGAGCCAAGCUCUUUCAAAACAACAACAACAACAACACACGUUUGUCUUUAGUUCUGGAAGCUAGUGCAAUCACUCAAACACACAAUGCUGCGUUCCAUUUGUGCUCCCGGAAACUGAAUCGGAACUGUAACCCAAAACUCCUCUCUAAGAUCUAAUGGGCUUGACCCACAUUGGAGACUCACCCUCUGAGUAUUACGGGCCACUUGCCCUAUUUCCAUUUCAAAUAAACCGACGGCUAGAAGAUAAUUCCUAGCCGGUCUGUUCAGGGGAGUUACGGCGGGUGGUCAGUGAAACGGGAAUCGGCUCCACUUCAGCCACUAGUGGGGAAAGUUUUUAAACUAGGCCGCGUCAUAUGUGCCGAACUCACGGUUUAUUUAACGCAGAUUAUUAUUCAUUUAAAAAAAAAAUGUCAGUUGAGGCCAACAUUUUGAAAACACAUUUGUCUUCCACCUGAAAUACUUUCACAUUUCGUUUGACUCUCCUGAUUUGUAUACUUGAUCGUAUUUAUUUAACUGUGGAGGAAACCCCACGUGCAGUAAUAUGGCUACCUAGUUAGCAACAGGGCUGCUCCUGAACUCACCCACUUAUUUUUAUUUAUUUUAUUUAGUGUUGCUUUAUUGGUCGCCAUUUCAUAUUUAGCAUGUCAGGACUAGGGCAGCAGGCCGGAGUAGUAGUUGGCAUAACAACAAGGAGGAUCAGGGUUCAAACCCAACUUGAGGCAUCCCUGGGUUUUAACCAAAACUGGGUCUUUUCUCUUGUGUAUUUGCUCCUCAUGAUCGAACCACCUGCAAGUGUGAGCGGUUCGUGCCCCAAGUGUCCUGAGUACACAACAGUUCCCCUCAUCCUCUUAAGUUUUCUAAGUUAAAGAAUGUUGUUGCUAAAUAAGACUUCAGUGGCUGAUCCGAGAUUUUCAGUCAAUCCUCUUUGAAACAAGGGCAUGUGUUUACUUUACAACCUUUAUAAUAAAUUAUUGGACUCCAUGUUAUGUCUUUGGAAAUAACUCAGAUGAAAAAUUCUUUAUCAUCUUGACUUAUAAGUCGCUUUUCGCAUCAGACCUUUCGACCUGAAAUUCCUCUCUUUAGCAAAAUGGCUUCCAAGAAUAUUGAGAUUAUAUUUGUUUAUUAUUGACAAUGAUUGUUGCACCCACAAAUUCAGUCUCGAGGCGACGUCGGUGACAAACGGAACGCAGCAUGAAGCCUCCUGCUCCAAAUUUCCCCCGAAACUGAAUCAACUCCGCUUGAAUUUCCUUUGACACAUGCGAAAGUUCUAAAUGCCUGAAAGUGCAUAUUUACACAAAUUGAUGUAAGAUACGAAGGAAUGAGGAGUGAAAAAAAAAGAAUCUAUAUUUGUUAUGUACUGUACAUGGUGUGUAUUGUAUUUGUAAAGGGGAACAACAUUUUACAGGAAGACGCUCCUGUCUGAGGAUGUAUAAAAAGAUAGGGGAUCCCAAGGAUAAAAGAAUUAGAUUCUAUAUCAAAGUAUUUGCUUACUGUGUGGCUUUAAGUGAACAAUGUUUUUAAAACACUUUAAGGUGCCUCAUUUGUCAUACUUUAGCUGACCUUAUUUUACCUGAGAAGAAAUGUUAAUGUUAGUACAGUACAAUGUAUUCUUGCCAUAGCCCGCUGGCUGCACAAGUAGUAUUUUCUCUGAUGUAUAUUUACGUGAAUGCCCAUUGGACAAAGCUUUAGAAGCAGAAGUGUGUCGCCCUCUCUCAUAUUUCCGGGGGAUAAAAGUGUAUUUUGCUGUUCAUGAGCACACGUGUAGACUCCAGAUCUUCGAAGCAAAUAGACUGAAGGAAAACUUUUUCUACCGACAAACUAUAGUCAUGUAUGUACUGUGGAGGAAAAAUUGUGUUUACAAUAGUUUGACAACGACCAGUGUGUUAGGGCAUAGUCGCUUCGAGAGUUACGACUUGGUGCUAUGUUUAACUUUGUGGUGCUGUAGAAGUAGAAGUCUCAAGACCCUUCUGUUGUUUUCUACUACGACCAACUGUGUCUGGAGUGCAGACCAUACACUACACGAUGCUGACGCAAAUGAGUUUGUCAGUCUUAAGAGGGAGUAAGUUAGACCUUGAAGUUGGCGGUUGUACAGCUGAAGCGGGUCACGAGUCAGCAUCACCAAGUCCUUCUUUAGACAGACAACCUCUCAUACCUCUUACAAUCAAUUAUAUUUUUACCAGUUUUUUUUUACUUUCAUUUAGAGUGUGUGUCAGACUCAAGGUCAGAGAGCCAAAUCUGGCCCACGAAAUCACUAGAAUUAGAAUAUUUAAGCAGUUCAACAUGACACACAACAGUAGAUGACGUCAAAAUAUUGACGCCUCAGCUGCUUUUAUCUCUUCAGGCAGACUGUUUCAAAGUCCAGGCAACUUGUAGGGACCCACUGAGGAUCUCACUUUAUGAGUUGGCUCUUACAUGGGCAAUAUUUUGUCCUUAUUUUUGAAUCAAAAGUUGUAAACAAACCAGUUAAAAGCCAGUCAAAGUGCGGAGUUUUAGGCCAGUUGGAGUGAUUUUGGUGUCAGUUGUUGGUAAACAAGGAUGAGGUUUAUGUACUUUAUUGUUAAAGUCAGACAUGAGUUUGUGAACUUCGGCCUCCUUGAAUGAAAACCCUGACUGAUUUGUAACAGGACUGAAAUCUCAUCUGGGAUGGCUUCAAAUUUCACCUAUUAAGUGGAUAGAUAGAUGGACAGAUAGACAGACAGACAGACAGACAGACAGACAGACAGAUAGAUAGAUAGAUAGAUAGAAAGACAGACAGACAGACAGACAGACAGAUAGAUAGAUAGAUAGAUAGAUAGAUAGAUAGAUAGAUAGACAGACAGACAGGUAGAUAGAUAGAUAGACAGACAGACAGACAGACAGACAGACAGACAGACAGGUAGAUAGAUAGAUAGAUAGAAAGACAGACAGACAGACAGAUAGAUAGAUAGAUAGAUAGACAGACAGACAGACAGGUAGGUAGAUAGAUAGAUAGAUAGAUAGAUAGAUAGAUAGAUAGAUAGAUAGACAGACAGACAGACAGACAGGUAGGUAGAUAGAUAGAUAGAUAGAUAGACAGACAGACAGACAGACAGAUAGAGAGAUAGACAGACAGACAGAUAGAUAGAUAGAUAGAUAGAUAGAUAGAUAGAUAGAUUCACAAUCACAUUGAUAAAUGUUCUAAAAAAAUUCCAACAGAAAUCCUUCAUUAUUUAGAUAAAAUAACAAGAGCAUGAAGCUGUUGCCUCCAACUUUCAUAAUAUUAUUUUUACUCUGGUCAAAAUGGUUAAAAGUGGAAGUGACUUUUCUCAUUAAAUCUCUGUUUAGAAGCCGUGAAGAAGGUUUCUUGUUAAAUCUUAAGACUGACAACUCGAGGCGAACGCCAUUAUUUGGCUUGCUGAACUGAUUGUGAUCAGAUCUUGCCAAACAGAUACGGAUUAUGACAAAAAACGUCAUUCAAACAGCACUAAAUGAACUUCACAUAAGUGUAUAUCUGCUGUAAGAUGAACCCAUAUGCUGUAUUUCCAGCUAUUUUCCAAACACUCAUCGUAAAACAUUUGUUCAGUUGUCCUUUAUUUGGGUUGGCUUGAGCGGCGUUUUCUGAGACCUAAGUAAGUAAGUUCCUGUGAUGUGAUUUAAGUUAUCUCACAUGGAAACCACAAGGAUGUUUAAAGUAAUGAGAGGGAAAGUGAAAACGAAUCUUCUCGUGUGCGAUCUGAUCAUCAAUCUCCCAUUAUAAAGAGUCCACGUUCUGACUUUAAAGUCGUGCAGUGUAUGGAAGGCAGAACCAGCUAGUUCUUAACCUUAACAGUAUCAUGGUGUGAUGACCGUAGACACAAUACUGGAACAUAGUCGUAUAUCCUCCAAUAAUAACACUUGUGAAAUGAACUCCAAUGACCUGUUUCUGUAGUGUGUUUGCAAUGUCUGUCCGUGCUUCCAAGGUACCCUCUCUAAAGUAUAUUUGUGAGUAUAACCCAGCCUAAAAGAAGAAACAUAACCAGAGUUUAGAUUAGCGCGCACCACAGGGAACUCGGAGGGACUCGGAGAGCAUCGUGGAGAGAGAUCUUUUUAUACACACUUCCUGUACCGUUUGUUUACUUUGGGGUUUUUUUUUUUUUUUUGGGUUGACAGCACUGUUUUUCAAGCACACUACUGCAGGGGCGUAGCCGUCAUCACCCAUCCUACUAGUACUGUACAGCGUCACCAGAUUUCUAUUUGGUCUUUUCGGGAAAGCUCAUGCAUCCUCUCCUUGGAGUAGCGGUCGUCUUCCGGGCUGUUUUUUCUUACUCAUAUUCAACAUGUACAGUGUUAAAACGAGGGCUGCUUUGGACGUACUGUUAGCUCUUUCUUUCAUAUUGCUCUCUGAUUUAUCAGCUUACAGCUUUUAGUGCAUCACUAGGUGCUGGUAGAAUGAUUUUUUUUUUAAAUGUAUUAUUCUUGCAUGUAGAGACAAUGCAAAAAGAAGAAAAAGAAAAAAAAGCCUAUUUAGCAAUCAUUCAUGUACAUCCGAGCUGGUUGUUACUGAACAGAAGCGAUGUAGUAUUUUCUAUAUUCUCUGUUUUUUCAUGUGUACCAGCACUGAGAAACUAGAAUGUAUUAUUAUGAUUAUGAAUAUUACGAUAGUAGUACAAUAAGCACUACGUUCUUGACUGUUUUAGCUACCCAAGCGAACCACGUCGUGCUUCGAGGAAGAAAACGUACAUUUCAUUUUCAUCCACGGAACUCUGUGCUGUCCAUGUUUACAUUCUGUCUGCUUUCUCUGAAUUCUGCGGCCAUUUGUAAAUAACCCGACGUUUCUGUUUUUACACUUUGGUUGGGUCACAUCAGAUAUUAAGCUAACUUAUUUUGUAAGCAAUUAACUCAUACUGUAUGGUGCUGUACCAAAGCCUUAUGUACAAUAUUUGUAUUUCUUUCUUUUGGAUUUUGCGUUGCCACUGAACUCUCUGUAAAGUCUGAGGUCAUGUCUUAUUCGCACUUCAUGUUUAACUGCCAUGGGAUCUUGUUUGUUUUAUAAACCUGACUUUAAUGUUAAAAGAAAAACCUCUCUGGCCUGGCACCAACCGGCCUGGAUGUAAUGACAGCAGUCUUAAGGGAAAACGCACAGGCUCUCAUCGUGACGUAGACAUGGCCCCAGCACAUGAUCUAUGCUCGGUCCGUGAGGAUACGGAAGCAGUGUUGUGUUCAUGUCACCAUAUCAUUUCAAAUGCUUAGUCCCAUACGGAA